AUGGUCACGGAAAUGUAUGAGGUGCCGGUGUGGUUUUCCCGGCCAGCCAACAUCUAUGCCGUGAUUGGGACUACACUUUUCAUACCGUUAAUUACGCUGAUUAUGGCAA